ACAGGCCCAGAAAUAGCCACACAAUUCUCAAGCUUUUUUCCAUUCUCCACCACUUCAUUUUCAGUUUCUCUCCAUCCCACAACCCCUUUUUUCAGUCUCCAUAUCAAAAAGUCACAAUUCUCAGAGGUAAGCACACUUGCGGUCUCCGCUUUGUUUCUGUGUGUCAGUUUUUCGCAUUUCUGAUUCAAUUCGCCUUGUGGGUACGCUUGAAUUUUGAAUGAAUUUGAGUUUUCAAUCAGGGGUUUGAGUGUACAUAUGUGGAAUUGUAGAGAGGAGUAGGAAAAAAGUUUCGGUUUUUCUGGGUUCCAUGCUGAGUUUAGGGUCCAGAUAAGAGAGCAAUGGCUUCGCUAGCUUCCCUUGUGAGUUUGGGAAGCGCUGGUGCCAGUUCCUCUGGACAUUUCGAGGGAUCUCUUCUGCUACAACGGAGAGUUUCCCUAUUAAGACGCAAUUUUGGGGGUGGGAAGAGAUGGGGGUUGGUUUCGGUUUGUAAAUAUUCGGGCACAAUGACUAAUGUUAUUGCUGAGGAAGGGAAUGCGGUUUCUGUGGAUUCUUCUACGUAUAGGGGUGGUGGUAAGGACGAGGAUAAUGGUCUUGUCCUCAAGCCUGCGCCAAAGCCUGUGUUGAAACCCGUAAAUUCUGUAGUUUCUUGGGAUGCAGGGUCGAAAAUUAGUGGGGACUCUGAUGAUGAUGAGAAGUUGGAGAAUGUGGAUGAGAGGAAUAAGGUGAUAGAGUCACUGGGAGAGGUGUUGGAGAAGGCCGAAAAACUUGAAACUGGCAGGUUGGGUGAGUUAGGAAGUAAAAGGGAAAGUGGGUCUGUGGAUAAAUCACCCCCCGGUACCAAUGACAAUUCAACAGUUGGUAGAACGGUGAAUAAUUCAAAUGCCAGUAAGAAAUCUAAAACCUUAAAGAGUGUGUGGCGGAAAGGAAAUCCGGUUGCUACAGUUGAAAAGGUUGUUAAGGAUGCUUCUAAUAAUAUUACUAACACUGAAAGAGAGGGACCUGAGGUCAGGAGGAAGGUAGAAACUCAGCCCAGGAUUCCUUUGAGACCCACUCAGCCGCCUUUGAGAGCUCAACCAAAGUUGCAAGCUAAACCUUCGGUUGCUCCUCCUCCUCCUGUCUUAAAGAAACCUGUUAUCUUGAAGGAUGUGGGGGCAGCUCCUAAGUCAUCAGGGAUUGAUGAAACUGAUUCAGGCAAAACCAGAGAGCGGAAACCAAUCUUGAUUGACAAAUUUGCUUCCAAGAGACCAGUGGUUGAUCCGAUGAUAGCGCAAGCAGUUUUAGCUCCUCCAAAACCCGGAAAGGGGCCUGUACCUGGUAAAUUCAAGGAUGAUUAUCGCAAGAAAAAUGCUUCAACUGGAGGAUCACGCAGAAGAAUGGUUGCUGCCAAUGACAUGGAGAUUCCGGAUGAUGAGACAUCAGAACUGAAUGUGUCUAUUCCUGGGGCGGCUACAGCAAGAAAAGGGAGGAAAUGGAGUAAGGCAAGUCGAAAGGCUGCUAGACUUCAAGCAGCUAAAGAUGCGGCUCCUGUUAAAGUUGAAAUUCUAGAGGUUGGGGAAGAAGGUAUGUUGACAGAAGACUUAGCGUACAACUUGGCCAUCAGUGAAGGUGAAAUUCUUGGUUUUCUAUACUCAAAAGGUAUUAAGCCAGAUGGGGUGCAAACUCUGGACAAAGACAUGGUUAAGAUGGUUUGCAAAGAGUAUGAGGUAGAAGUUAUUGAUGCUGCCGGUGUUAAAGUGGAAGAAAUGGCAAGGAAGAAGGAAAUUCUUGAUGAAGAAGACCUGGACAAACUAGAAAACAGACCUCCUGUCCUGACUAUAAUGGGUCACGUGGAUCAUGGCAAGACCACCCUUUUGGAUCAUAUUCGGAAGAGCAAGGUAACUGCAUCAGAAGCAGGAGGGAUUACACAAGGAAUUGGUGCAUAUAAGGUUUUAGUGCCCAUCGAUGGCAAGCCACAGUCAUGUGUUUUCCUUGAUACACCUGGACACGAGGCGUUUGGGGCGAUGAGAGCUCGUGGAGCAAGGGUUACCGACAUUGCUAUUAUUGUUGUGGCUGCUGAUGAUGGAAUUCGUCCUCAAACAAAUGAGGCCAUAGCUCAUGCUAAAGCAGCUGGGGUACCAAUUGUAAUAGCUAUAAAUAAGAUAGAUAAGGAUGGAGCUAACCCAGAACGAGUCAUGCAAGAACUUUCGUCUAUUGGUCUAAUGCCAGAAGAUUGGGGUGGUGAUAUCCCAAUGGUUCAGAUCAGUGCUCUUAAAGGGGAGAAUGUAGAUGAUUUGUUAGAAACUAUCAUGCUUGUAGCAGAGUUGCAAGAGUUGAAGGCUAAUCCUGAUAGAAACGCAAAGGGCACAGUCAUUGAGGCUGGUCUUGAUAAAUCGAAGGGACCGGUUGCUACAUUCAUUGUGCAGAAUGGAACACUCAAAAGGGGAGAUAUAGUGGUUUGUGGUGGCGCCUUUGGCAAGGUGCGGGCUUUGUUUGAUGAUGGUGGGAAGCGUGUUGAUGCAGCUGGACCUUCUAUACCUGUCCAGGUCAUUGGAUUGAAUAAUGUUCCAAUUGCUGGUGAUGAAUUUGAGGUCGUUGGCUCCCUUGAUAUUGCUCGAGAAAGAGCGGAGGCACGUGCAGAGUCAUUGCGACAAGAACGUAUAUCAGCAAAGGCUGGUGAUGGGAAGGUUACACUUUCUUCCUUUGCUUCUGCAGUUUCAGGUGGAAGCCAGUCUGGAUUAGACUUGCAUCAGUUGAAUAUUAUUAUGAAGGUUGAUGUUCAGGGUUCCAUUGAGGCUGUGAGGCAAGCCUUACAGGUGCUUCCUCAAGAUAAUGUCGCUUUAAAGUUCCUCCUCCAAGCAACCGGGGAUAUAAGUGCUAGUGAUAUUGAUCUUGCAGUUGCUAGCAAGGCUAUUGUUAUAGGAUUUAAUGUUAGAGCACCUGGCUCUGUUAAGAGUUAUGCUGACACCAAAGGGGUAGAGAUUCGACUGUACAAAGUUAUUUAUGAUCUUAUUGAUGAUGUGCGGAAUGCAAUGGAAGGACUCCUGGAUGCUGUUGAGGAAGAAAUAACAAUUGGCACAGCAGAAGUUCGGGCCACAUUCACCAGCGGCAGUGGCCGGAUUGCUGGUUGCAUGGUAAAGGAGGGAAAGGUAGAGAAAGGUUGUGGCAUUCGGGUGGUACGAGAUGGCAGGGCUGUCUAUGUUGGUACUCUUGAUUCUUUGAGACGAGUUAAAGAAAUUGUGAAAGAGGUAAAUGCUGGACUAGAGUGUGGGAUGGGAAUGGAAGACUACAAUGAUUGGGAGGUGGGAGACAUUGUCCAGGCCUUCAACAAGAAGCAGAAGAAACGAACGCUUGAAGAGGCAUCGGCUUCAAUGACAGCUGCACUGGAAGUGGCAGGUAUUGAAAAAUAAGAAAGAGCAUACCCGGUUGCAAACUUGGCUCACAUUCUUCAUGAUAUUGCCGCGUUUCUACCUCAAAUCAAGUGCCUUGACAACCUCGGGCUGGUAGGAUGCCGGAGCCUUGACCCUUGACCUUCCCACCUCGUGCAAUAUACCUAAAUGCAGGAGGUUGCUGAGAAUGUGUGAUCCAUUGUUAUAUGCUAUUUCACACAUUGUAUAUAGUGAUAGUUAUCCGAUUUCGACUUCUUUGUGUAAAGAGGGGAACACUGAUUUCAAUUUCUCAUCUGAACAAAAACCAUGUUACAGCUACAAAGGAAAACAAACCAUGGAGGAGAAAAAACCAAAAUUUUUCACAUGCUUCGAACUGCAGUUGUGAUCUUAUUUUUUGAGCUUGGAAUAAGGUCAUUUGUACUAGUCUCGAUGCAGUACUUCACCUUUAAAAAUAUAAAUUUUUUUGUUAUGGAUA